AGCAGUCACAUGAACGACACAGACUCUGUGACCAGAGUCCGCAAGGACUUGGUAUUGCAUGGACCUGCACACGUUCAACUAUUCUUCCUUUACAACACAUGUAAAUACUUAUAGAAAAUCAGCAAGGGUUAAAAGUCAUCUGAUUGAUUCAUUCCACACAACUGGGACAUCCAUUCAACAAGCUGAAAAUAAUUUGCUUCACACAGCCUAAAUCAGUACUGUGAUCAAUUUGGAACCAGGGUGCAAUAGUUUUUUUUUAGAAAUGGAACUUGUGGCUCUAUUCCUACUAGUGGAGACAAUUUUUAAUCACCCAAGAAUCGCUGGUUCACCAAUUGAUAAGUCUAAGCACUUUUCAUUCUAUCUUUUGAAAACUUAUUCUCAAAAUGAUACUCAACUUCACCUGUCAAGAAUGAACAUUAGUAGUAUUCCAGUUAAUGCCUUCCAAAGUUUGAGUGGUCUGGAAAUACUCGAGCUGUCACAGAACAAUCUGACUUACAACAGCUUGCCCUGUGGAUCCCUAAACAUAACAACAUUAAGGCGUUUGAAUAUAGCCAGCAAUCAACUUACAACUGUCCCAAUAUGUCUACCCACAGCUCUCGAAUUUCUUGACUUGAGGAAGAACGUCAUUCAGUGGGUUAAUUUUUCAGAGUUUAUGGAUCUUCACAAAUUGAAAAUUUUACUUCUAAGCCAUAAUAACAUCUCAAAAAUUGGGUCUUCGGGGACAAAGCUCCCACACAUUGUUUCACUGGAUCUCAGCUAUAAUAACUUUACAAGGUCACAAUGGAAAUUUCAAGGGCCUAAUCUCAGGACGCUAAGACUUGAAGGAAAUCCUUUGCAAGAAAUUAGCCCAUAUGAAUUCAAUCCUUUCCCCAAGCUACGUUACCUAAACCUGUCCUCAACAUCUUUGGAAUCAUGCAGUUACAAAGCAUUUGCAUCUGAAAAAAAAAGUAUCGAAACCCUUGAUCUGAGUGAAAACCUUUUCAAAACCUUUGACCCACAGUGUUUUGAAGGAUUAAGUAAUUUGCAGAUCCUAUGGAUGAGGAGAAUGCCCUUUCUUCAGUCUCUGCCUGAUGAUCUAUUUCUCUACACUUCAAAUCUUACUCAAGUGAACUUGGAAGAAAAUUCCCAACUACACUUUGUGAAAAGUAGUAUGUUUGAACAACUCCCACAUUUACAGACACUUUCUCUCAAAAGUUGCAACCUAACAGAAUUCAGACCCUGGAAAUUAUUCACUAAUUCAACCAUCAAAAUAACCCUUUCUGGAAACCACCUGGUUUGUAGCUGUGAGCUUGCCUGGUUGAUUAAGGAACCAGAAAAGACAUUUCUGAACAGAGCAAACGAUACCGGAUGUGUAAAGUAUGGUCCUCAAAGACAGAUUUUAUUGCCUGGCUUCAUUGACGAAUGCAAAAGAAAUGGAAGUGCUACAGAAGAAUUGCAGACUUACAGCAGAACUGUACAAAACCAACAGCAAGAGCAUAGGACAGCAGUAUAUCAGAAUCCUUCAGGGAUCAAGGUCAAGUUAAGCAGCAAAUUACCAAUACAAUGUUCAACCAAGUUUCAAUUAAGCUUCACAUCUUUCACAAAUAGUACUAACCUGCUCCAUGCAUUACUACUCCUUAAAACACCUUCUCAUCCACACUCUGGUACUCUGCAGACCAAAGAAAGCUCUAAUAAUGAAACUUGGAAUAAAAUUAAAUCAAGCAUAAAAAUGGCAUUAACACUGCCUAUCACAAGCAGAUAUCAAACAACAGCUAAACUCAACCCCCAAACCACCACAGAUCACACAGAGACUGGUCCUCACACAACAAAUAAUGGAGGAGUAUCAGAGACUGAGACUUACCCAACCGUCAGAAAAGGAACUGUGACCAAACCUUAUCCAAUCACAACUGGCAGAAGUCAAUCCAGAACUAAACUGAACCCAAAUAUCAGAGAUAAAGUUCAGACUGAACCCUUUGCCACCAAAGAGAAAAAGGCAUUUGAACCUUACUCAACAACUGGAUAUCAAUCAGUGACUAAACUUCACCCACAGACCAUCAGAGAUCAAAUGAGGGCCAAGCUUUACCCCACAACCAAAUACCACUGUAGGACUAAACGUCACUCACUGACAACCACAAAAGAAACUGGGACUGAACCUCACCCAACCAGAGAACAAACUGGGACCGAACCUCACCCAACCAGGGAACAAACUGGGACCGAACCUCACCCAUUGACAACCAGAGAAGAAAAUGGGACUGAACCUCACCCACUGAUAAUCAGAGAACAAACUGGGACCAAACCUCUCCCAAACAGAGAACAAACUGGGACUGAACCUCACCCAACCAGAGAACAAACUGGGACCAAACCUCACCCAAACAGAGAACAUUCUGGGACUGAACCUCACCCAACCAGAGAACAAACUGGGUCCGAACCUCUCCCAACCAGAGAACAAACUGGGUCCGAACCUCUCCCAACCAGAGAACAAACUGGGACUGAACCUCUCCCACUGAUAAUCAGAGAACAAACUGGGACCGAACCUCUCCCAACCACAAAACAAUCUGCGACUGAACCUCUCCCAACCAGAGAACAAACUGGGACUGUACCUCUCCCAAACAGAGAACAAACUGGGACUGAACCUCACCCAACCAGAGAACAAACUGGGACUGAACCUCUCCCAACCAGAGAACAAACUGGGACUGUACCUCUCCCAAACAGAGAACAAACUGGGACUGAACCUCACCCAACCAGAGAACAAACUGGGACUGUACCUCUCCCAAACAGAGAACAAACUGGGACUGAACCUCUCCCAACCAGAGAACAAACUGGGACUGUACCUCACCCAACCAGAGAACAAACUGGGACUGAACCUCUCCCAACCAGAGAACAAAUUGGGACUGAACCUCACCCAACAACCAAUGAACAAAUUGGGACUGAACUUCACCCACACAGAGAACAAGCUGGGACCAAACCUCUCCCAAACAGAGAACAAACAGGGUCUGAACUUCUCCCAACCAGAGAACAAAUUGGAACCGAACCUCACCCAACAACCAGAGAACAAACUGGGACUGAACCUCACCCAUUGACAACCAGAGAACAAACUGGGACCGAACCUCACCCAAACAGAGAACAAAUUGGAACCGAACCUCACCCAACCAGAGAACAAACUGGGACUGAACCUCUCCCAACCAGAGAACAAACUGGGACCGAACUUCACCCAACCAGAGAACAAACUGGGACUGAACCUCACCCAACCAGAGAACAAACUGGGACCGAACCUCUCCCACUGACAACCAGAGAUGAAAGUGGGACUGAAUUUCAGACACCAGCAGCCAGAGAUCCAACUUGGAACAAAUCUUACCCAACAAUAUCCAGAGACGAUACAGGAACAAUCAGAAGUCAAACUGGGACUAUAGCUAACCUGAUCACUACCAGUGAUCAAAAUGACAAUAAACAUUACCCACUGUUUACCAGAGUACAAUCUGGUUCUAAACAAUACUCAACAGUAACAAUGCAGACAGCAACAUACACAGCCAAAAAGGGGGCCGUAUUUAUACACAUUGAAGAUGACGAUACAGACUCGUUGGAAAAAGAAGAAAUCACAAGCCCUACGCCUGGUGACUGUAAUUAUGAUCCAUGUAGACACUGGCAAGUACCUUGUCAUGACUUGCAACAUUUGACAGGCUGUCUUUGCCCUGUCAUAGCUGGAGAAGAUGUUAUACCGGAUCCAGUGAAAAUACAAAAGGUUAUGAAGAUUACAGACAAUUCAGCAGAAAUCUUCUGGUGUGCUCCUAGCUCUACAGUAAUGUAUUACUAUAUUAUUUAUCAAUCUGAUGACAACAAACGUUUGUACAAGACUGACACCAUCAAACCGACAUAUCGAAGAUACACUUUACGUGACCUUACAGCAGACAGCACAUAUCAUACCUGUGUGGUGGCUGUGAAUAAAGCAGGACCAAGUACCACAAAUAGCAUUUGGUCUUCAAAAGGCUCAUGCUAUAUAUUCAAGACUAAACCAAACUACAAUAAUAUAUUUUAUAUCGCCUCUACUGUCAUUAUUGCCAUUCUUUUCAUACUUGUAAUCACACUAUCGUUCUGCUUGUGCAAAAUUUAUCAAAGGGGACGAUUAACUAGUUUAUCACGCAUAAGCUUGGAUCCCCUUAGUUUGCAAAAUCCAGCAUUUGAAGACCAUCUGGAGCUAGCAGAUCCAAGAACAGAACACACAAGUAGUCCAGACUCUGAACAGAUUCUUUAAAGUUAAAACUUAAAACCACUCCAAGGAAAACCUGCCUAAAAUUAACUAUGUAACAAUUUUAUAAUUAAAUUUUGGAAUCUUAUACAUUUCAUCAACUGUUGUUUGUUCUUUUGCAAUCAUUUAAACUAUACUGUUAUUUAUAAAAGUAUGGUUUCAGUAAGUGUACAAGGUGCAGAUUUUCAAUCAUUUACUCAAAUUGCUAUGUGAAGGAAUUAUGUAAAUAUGUGAAAUUAAAUAAAACAUUUCCUGUAUUUACUACCUUAGAUAAUAAAAGGAUUUAUCAAAAAAAA